AUGUGGAUUUUGACAGAGACCCUACGGAAUCGGGGCCCGGUCUUACAACUGUUGAGCGCAAAACAAAUUGGAGUCAGCCACAAGGGUCGGCACGGAAAGACAAGAGAGCAGGGUCGCCUUAAGAGAAGGGAGAAUGAUCAUGCCGAGCUUGGCCCGCCGUCUGACUGCCCAAGUCUCAUAUACGGGAAGGACAGUACAACCAGGGUGGGAGAGAAAAAAGUACCGGAUGCGGGUGAGAAGUAUGCCAGGAAGCUCAGGCAUAAAACCAGACCCGACAGAUACGAGUACAAGGAUGCAAUUCAAAACCCUUCGAAGAGGGUCAAGAAAAAGUCAGCGGCCCUGCUCAGUCAUGAUUUUCAGGCCCCAAACGUGGCCAGCGAGAGAUUAACCCUCAACUCCAAGACUGGACCAGGCUUUCUUACUAAAGCAAAAACUUCCACCGACGCCGGGAAGAGGGGACUGCCAGAUCUGACCUUCUCGAAGAUGGCAUUUCUCAAGAGGAAAAGACAGGACGACGAGGCACGCUUUCCAAAGUCAGAGGAGCAGAAGUCGAGAAACAAAAGGGUCACGUCGCCACACUGUGAAAUAGCAGACUUCUUUGCUCGAUCGACAGGGUUAAGACGUGAAAGACGAUAUUCAGGUACCCCGCCCUCGGUGGAAUUUCACAUCUCACGAACUGCCUCUCCGUCACAGGACCGAGUAUCAUUGAUGCGCCAACGAUUGAAUUCAGUUGUACAGUCAAACACACCAGAAAGCAAACGUUUCCGCAAAGCCCACAGCCCAAUUGCCUUUGUACCGAUUCGUCCGACGAGCUCCGAUAGUGAAGGCUUCCUGGAAAAGUUCACGACCGACGCACUCUUACAUGGAGUCGACGAAUUUUCCCACGGACCGCGGAGACAUUACUCAUUGAAUGACUUGAAGAGGCUAGCCAUCCAGGUGGCUACAGACCUGACCGGCAUCGAAGGUGCUUGUCAUCAUGAUAUAGACAUCACGGGCGAUGUCCAAGCCUCGACCAGUCAAUCACAUAUGUCCAUUCUGGCCACAUCGAUGGAAAAGCGAGACUCGCCUCGUCCAACCAUGCCAUGGCACUCGCAGAACCUGUAUCAUGCUGCAGAGGGUUGCAGCGGUGUGAGAUCGGAGCAUCCGAGCGGACCGGAUUUGAACCACAGCCGAGUGCUUCCGUAUUCAACCAAGGGUGGCGAGGGCGAGCAAGAUAUUGAUCGAAGCCCGUCCCGGGAGUCUGCGACCAUAAAGCAGCUUGUUAGCCCUGGCUACCACUGUCAAGGUUUUGGGAAUGACUUUGUAGGGAGGCCAGGACCAUCUUGCCAUGUUGACGACUCGGAAGUUCGACUUGGCGACGGCCAGGUCUCUCUUCAUGCAGACGCUCAUCCCGAGUUACGUCUUUUACCAGCGAUGCCCGCUGUCGCCGGAAACUGCAUCGGUGAGAGCAAGGCACUUCAUACUACUAAUGCGGACGCAUACGAGUUAGACGAGUUCGACACAGAACUAUUGCGACUGGGAACUGAGUUGGCGCUGGAGCAAUCGGGCACCAUGGCCAAUCGUCAGUCUCCCUGGUACGAAGCCGGUGUUGAAACAUCGAUCGACAUUGGGCGCAUGACUCGGUCGAAGGCCGGCAAAUACGCAACGUACGAAUGGACAAUUCCUUGUUUCAUGAUUGCCAGGAAUUAUCUCCAUGGAAUCGUCAUGUGUCUCAGGAUCACACAGAGGGAUUCUCGGGAUUCUCGGGAUUUCCUCGGCGACAUGUUCUAUAUUGAUCUUGAAUAG